AGUGGGGAGUCUUUUAUUGGCUUCUUUGGGCCAUAUUAAAGACUGAAGCCGGACCUUAAAUUCACCCCUUUUUUCCACAAGGAUUGGAUCUGUUGCUGGGUCUCCCACUCAGUUAUUUACCUUCUUCAAAAGGUUUAGGAGAGAUAGAUCAUUCUGAUGGGGACUUUCCAACUGUUGCUGCUGGGGCUUAUGUUCCUGGUCACUGCAGAGCAUCCCCGUGGUUUCACUCCAGCUCAGUGGUUCAAUGAGCAGCAUGUGCAGUACCCUAAGACCCCAGCCUCCAGUGAUGAUACAUAUUGCAACAAUGAGAUGAGACGUGUCAACAACCAUACCCAUCGGUGUAAAGCCUUCAACACCUUCCUGAACUACAUGCUUGAGAAUGUCAUCAGUGUUUGUUUCAAACCCAACAUAACCUGUAAGAAUAUAGAGCACAGGAAUUGCCAUAAAAGUACAUCAAGCAUCCCCAUCACCAACUGUGAUUUGACCAGUGGUCGUUACCCCAACUGCCGCUACCAUGGCACUUCUCAGAUGGCAUACUUUGUUGCUGCCUGUAAUCCCCCCUUGCCAGCAGAUCAUAGUAAAAGUCAAUUUCUUCCUGUGCAUUUGGACAGCACCACUGGUUUCUAACCUCCCACUAUUUUUGCCCUUCUGCUUCAAUAUGUACUGUGGAAAUCUGUUCUCUUGCUUUUCUUCUUGCCCAAGUCUCUGUAAUCCUGUCUUUCACAUUAACCUAUAAGGAAUUCUCACAGAUAAAAUUUUUGUGGAGCUGAGAUUACCUUUUUGGAUGGCUUUAGCAGGGUACAAGUCUCUUCUGUUAUUCUUUAACCUGAUGCUCAUUGAUAAAAUGCACAUAUCUUAUUCCCCACCCUAGUAAUGAUAUGGAAUGGAAUAGUCUAUCUUUCACUCCUCACUCUCUCUUUACCUGUCCUAUGUUACUUAACACCUUAGAUCCAAGUAGAGAAAUAAAGGAGGAAGUAAAUAGGUAUGCUUUUUGUCAUCUCUUCAUUUUGCUGCAUAAAUUCCUUUCUUCAUCCCCUAACAACAAUAUCUUUUCCACCUCGGGGUAUUCUGACUCCAGGUACCUCUGCUCCCAUCUUUCCAGCAUUAUGGUUUUCUGUCUUUAAAGUGUAAGCUCCUUGAGGGCAUGGGUUAUCUUCCUUGCUUAUACUUUUUUCCUCAGUGACUGGCACUUAGUAAUUGCUUAAUAAUUGCUUUUCUAAACCUGGAAAGACUUAAAUGAACUGAUGCAGAGUGAAAUAAGCAGAACUUGGAGAACACUGUACACAGUAGCAAAAAUAUUGUAUGAUGACCA